GGCGACAGGACAGGACGGGAGUGAGCAGUGCUGUGAGGAGCCCCCGCACAGCGCACUCGUUCCUGCCUGACCUGGAGCUUUUCUGAGGCCUUGUUCCUGCAGCUGACCUCGAGGCCAGAGCACAGGACCUGGUGACCUGUGGCCUUCCGAGGCUUCUGUUUGGCAGUGCCCUCGAGGGCAGAGCGUGGGACUUGGUGCCCUGAGCUUUUCCAAGUCAGCUGUCCUGCUACUAACUCCAGUCAUUGACAUGGAGCAGAGACCACCGAGUGUGCCCAAGCUGGCCUGGGUUGAGGAGGACGAAGGCGGCCCUGGAGCUGCCCCAGGACAGGAGACUGAAGAGGUGGUGCCAUUCCAUCCACCACAGGAGGAUGCAGCCGUGGAGCGCACACAGGAGCAGCAAUCCAGCCAUGGCCGCUUCCGCAGAACAGCGCAGCUCGUUUGCAAAUUCAUCAAGAGGAUUCGUCAGGAAGAGACCAUCACCAGGGGCGCUGGGUUCAGACCAUACUCGCCCAUCUUCCAAAGCAAGACCAGCGCUGCCCUGCUGUAUAUGCUUGUAGAGGAAGGUUUUUACAAUCCAAAGCAAGUGCCUGCCAUGGUGAGGUACAUCCACCAGUGGCUCCUGGCCAAUGAUUCCGCUGAGCACAGGCUGGACAAGACCCUGCUGAAUCUCACUGAAGCACAGCGUGAUGAUGUAGUCAUGACGCUCCUGCGUGUGGCCCCGUCCUGUGACAGAGCUGCCAUGGCCAUGUGGAAGACCAUCAUGUGCUCGCCCAGGACUGCAAAGCCAGUGCAGCUGACACUCCUGGAUGUGCUAGGGAACUGGCCGGAGCACAGCACGUGCACCUCCGAUGGGGACAAAACGGGUGUCUUUGCCCUGGCUGCGCUGGCCUGA